UAUCAAAGAUUUUGAACAUGAUCUGAGAGGUGAAGAGGAUACACAGUAUGACGUCAUACGUAGAGACAAUAAUCGUCCUGCGGAUUUCUGCAAAUUAUUGAGGAGUAGCAACUUUAAAGAAAAAUUUGUCGAAUUUUUAAUUGAAGAUUGGACAAGAGAUGAAUUUUUUACCUUGAUUGAAGGGAAGACUGUUAAACUUAAUUAUGAUCAAUGUUACACUUAUGAGGUGUCUAGUGAUAAUAAAAUAAAAAGAAUUAUUGAUUAUAAUCUUUCUUGUUAUCAUGAAGAAGCUGACACCAAAAUUGUGUACCAUGUUUGUCAAUUUAAUCGUAACUAUCGUGUGCAGAUACAUUGUACAGAUUCUGAUAUACCAAUAAUAAUGUUGGCUAAUUUCAAGUAUUUAAAAGAUGAAAUACAAGUAAUAAUUAAUUUAAGCACAAAUAAAAAAAAAUGUACCUGAACAUAAAUGAAAUUUAUGCCAAGCUUGGAGAUCAAUUAUCGUGUUCAUUUGCUAUAUGCCAUAUUUUUACAGGAAAUGAUUACAAUCCCGCUUUUUUCCGUAAAGGAAAAAAAAGACCUUUCAGUAUUUUUAAGAAAAAUAAAAAUUUUCAAGAGGCUUUUAUUCAACUCCUACGAAGUGAUCAUACAGUAUUAACAACGUCAAAUGAAAUAGUUCGAAUUAUUGAAGAGUAUGUAUGUAGAGUGUACUCAUUAAAAACCAAAAAUGAUAUCAACAGAGGACGGUAUGAACUAUUUGAAAAAGGCUAUAGAUCAAAAGGUGGAAGUGAAAAAGUAUUAAAAAAAAAUAUUAUAGGAUAUGAUCCUUCCAGUUUGCCACCAACAAAACAAGAAUUGUUGCAACAAAUUAAAAGAACGGUAUUCAUCAGCAAUGUAUGGUGUAAUGCACACAUGCGGUGCCCCACAGAUAAAGUACCUGAAAAUUAUGGAUGGACAAUAAUUGAUGGUAAAUACGAGUAUUAUUGGUUUGAUGGUCCUCAAAGCCCAUCCUUUGAAGAAUUAUCUUCUCAAUUGCAAGAUUUAGAUACCACGGAAGAUCAGAAUGAAGAAGAUACUGAUGAAGAUGAGGAGAGUGAUGCCAGUAGUGAGGAUGAAUGUUUUUCUGAUGAGUCAGAUGAAAAUUAAUUACUUUUUUAUAUAAAAAUAUCUACUUUUUCAUGUAUGUUACAUAAUAAAGUUGAUUUAUUUCAA